AUGGCGCAGGGUUUUGCAGUGGGCUUCGACCCACUGGGCCUCAGAGACCUCAGCUCGGGCUCCCUGAGCUCCCUCUCCUCCCGCGGCCACCUGGGCAGCGACUCGGGCUCCGCAAUGCGAUACCUGCUGAAGAAGCAGCAGCGGCUGCUGAACGGGCCCCCCCGCGGAAUCCGAGCCUCCUCGCCCAUGGGCCGCGUCAUCCUCAUCAACUCCCCCAUCGAAGCCAACAGUGAUGAAAGCGACAUCAUCCACGCUGUCCAGGUGGAGAAGAGCCCAGCAGGGAGACUGGGUUUCAGUGUGCGGGGCGGCUCUGAGCAUGGCCUGGGCAUCUUCGUCAGCAAAGUGGAGGAGGGGAGCAGUGCAGAGCGGGCUGGCCUGUGCGUGGGGGACAAGAUCACGGAGGCGAACGGGCUGAGCCUGGAGAGCACCACCAUGGGCAGCGCCGUGAAAGUGCUGACGGGCAGCAGCCGCCUGCACAUGAUGGUGAGGCGCAUGGGCCGCGUGCCGGGCAUCAAAUUCUCCAAGGAGAAGACCACGUGGGUGGAUGUCGUGAAUCGGCGGCUGGUAGUGGAGAAGUGCAGCUCGACACCGUCCGACAGCGGCUCGGAGGACGGGGUGCGGCGCAUCGUCCACCUCUACACCACGUCAGACGACUUCUGUCUGGGCUUCAACAUCCGUGGGGGCAAGGAGUUUGGCCUGGGCAUCUAUGUGUCCAAAGUGGAUCAUGGUGGGCUGGCCGAGGAGAAUGGCAUCAAGGUGGGGGACCAGGUCCUGGCGGCCAACGGUGUCAGGUUCGACGACAUCAGCCACAGCCAGGCCGUGGAGGUGCUGAAGGGCCAAACACACAUCAUGUUGACUAUCAAGGAUACUGGCCGGUACCCUGCCUACAAAGAGAUGGUUUCUGAGUACUGCUGGCUGGACCGAUUGAGCAACGGGUCGCUGCGGCAGCUGUCCCCCGCCUCGGAGAGCAGCUCCAGCGGCUCCUCCUAUGCCUCCAGCGCCCCCUGCAGCUCGGCCGAGGGCUCCCUGCCCUCCCAGCGCCUGGAUGGCGGCCUGGGGCUUGACGAGCCGCACAGUCGGGGCCCAGGCUGGGGGCGGGCGGACACAGCCAUGCAGACGGAGCCGGACAUGGGCGGCCGCGUGGAGACCUGGUGCAGUGUGAGGCCCACCGUCAUCCUCAGGGACACAGCCAUCCGCUCCGACGGCCCCCGGCCCGCCCGCCGCCUGGAUUCUGCGCUCUCCGAGUCCCCUAAGACUGCUCUGCUGCUGGCCCUGAGCCGACCCCGGCCCCCCAUCACAAGGUCCCAGAGCCACCUGACCUUGUGGGAGGAGAAGAAGCAGCGGAAGAAGGAGAAGUUGGGGUCCUCUGGGGAAAAGGGGGCCCUGCAGCGCUCCAAGACACUGAUGAACCUCUUCUUCAAGGGAGGGCGGCAGGGCUGGCUGGCAGGGCAUGGGCACAGAGAGGCCUGGACGCUGGACGGAGGGAGCCCGGCCAAGCCCCGCCCUCGCCUAGACCUGGAGAAAGCAGGGGCAGUGGGGCCUGUGCAGAAGUUUGUCACCUGGAGACUGAGACACAAGCGGGAGAGGGGCCCGACCCUGCUCUCUGCUAGGUCCGGGGGCCCCUCCAGCCAGCUGCCCGACAUGGAUGAGCAGGUGCAAGCCUGGGAGAGCCGACGGCCCCUUAUUCAGGACUUGGCCCGACGGCUGCUGACUGACGACGAGGUGCUGGCAGUCACCCGCCACUGCUCCCGGUACGUGCACGAGGGCGGUGUGGAGGACCUCGUGAGGCCCCUGCUGGCCAUUCUGGACAGGCCCGCGAAGCUGCUGCUACUGAGGGACAUCAGGAGCGUGGUGGCCCCCACCGACCUCGGCCGCUUUGACAGCAUGGUGAUGCCCGUGGAGCUGGAGGCUUUUGAGGCCCUUAAGAGCCGGGCAGUACGGCCUCCUGCCUUGCGACCAGCCCGGCAGGACACACCGCCCAAGCGUCACCUCAUCACGCCUGUGCCUGACAGACGUGGAGGUUUCUACCUGCUGCCUGUGAACGGCUUCUCGGAGGAGGAAGACGAUGGGGAACUGAGGGAGUGGCUGGGGGGCCUCCAGCUCUCCCUGGGUGCCUCUGCUCCCCGCCACCCUCAUAAAGGGAUCCCCCCUCUCCAAGACGUGCCAGUAGACGCCUUCGCCCCACACCGAAGCUCCUGCACACCCCCUCCCCAGCCUCCCCCCGUCGCUCCCCGGCCCCCAAGGCCUAACUGGCUGCUGACAGAACCCCUGACCCCAGAGGACCCUCGGCAGGGCCAGAGCCAGAGGCAGAGCCAGGGCCCUGCCCAGAGCCACAGACGCAGCUGGGGUCGAGGCAAGUCCCCCGGACGCAGGCGCUCCCCAUCCCCAGCGCCUGUCCCCACCCCCAGCAUGGCCAACGGGCGCUACCACAAGCCUCGGAAGGCCAGGCCCCCUCUGCCACAACCUGUGGAUGAGCAGGCAGCCAAGGCGGGGGGCCGUCAAGGCCCCUCCGAGAAUGGAACUGGCGGGACAGCCAGGGAGGCAGCCAAGAAGGCCCCUGGUGGGGAGCUGAGGACAGUCACGCUGUCCAAGAUGAAGCAGUCCUUGGGCAUCAGCAUUUCUGGGGGCAUUGAGUCCAAGGUGCAGCCCAUGGUGAAGAUAGAAAAGAUCUUUCCGGGGGGGGCUGCCUUCCUCAGUGGGGCCCUGCAGGCUGGCUUCGAGCUUGUGGCAGUGGAUGGAGAGAGCCUGGAGCGGGUGACCCACCAGCGAGCAGUAGAUACCAUCCGCCGAGCUUAUCGAAACAAGGCUCGGGAGCCCAUGGAGCUUGUGGUCAGGGUCCCCAGGACCAGUCCACUACCCUUACCCCCUGACUUGUCAGCCCUCACCAAUCAGCGCCUUCCUGCUGACCAUUCCCCUGCCCGCUGACCCCUUGAUGGUACUCCUCCCUCCCACUGCCUCCCAGAACCUCCCAUUAAUGCUCUGCCCACCAAUAUCCAGAUUCCUCCCACCGACGCCAGGCUCCUCCAUCGGACCGACAGCCCAGUCCCUUCUCUAGCCCUCCAGACUCCUGAUACUAACCCCAGACUCUCCCCACCUAUGCUACGACUCUUCCCCCUGACUUCAGAUCCUCCCACUGACUCUCAGGACCCUCCUGCUAUCUCCCAGACCUCACCUACUAACCUCCUCGGGACUUAG